CUCCACUACACUCUCCUCUCUCUUCACUUCACUCUGACUGUCACUGAAAAACAAUAAAACCUUAUCGAAAAUGUCCGACCAACAGCAGUUUUGCCUCCGCUGGAACGAUUUCCAAUCCAACAUUGUCACCUGUUUCAAACACUUGAGGACGGAGAGGUCCUUCACUGAUGUUACCCUCGCCUGCGACGGCCAGACCACCAAAGCGCACAAAAUGGUCCUCUCCGCCUGCUCCCCAUAUUUCAAGGCCAUUUUGGAGAACAACCCCUCCAAACACCCGAUAAUAAUCCUGAAGGACGUUCCAUUCAACCACCUCCAGUCCAUCCUGGAGUUUAUGUACGCCGGGGAGGUCAAUGUUCCUCAGGACACCCUCCCUGCGUUUCUCAAAACGGCGGAGCGGUUGAAGGUCAAGGGGCUCACGGAAGUGAAAAGGAACUAAAUGGAAUAACCACCACCUCCGCUAAAUUAUUACCCUCCUCCUUUUUUGUAUAUUAUACACACUUUUUUUGUAAAUAAAUAAAGAUCAUCAUUUUUUCUCAAACAAA